AUGCUCACGUUUCGCCGAGCGCUCGUUGUCGCGGCUGUAAUUUUAUCCUGCUUUCUCCUCCUCCGCCACACGCACAACAGCAACCAGCCGGCGAACAUCAAGGUUAACAAUUCACCGAAACCUACGGGCACGCAUGCAGACAACAGAAAGAUCGUCGAUGCCGCACCGGACUCCGUGAAGUCCAUCGUCGCAGGCUCGAAACCAGCACCCUCUGUCGCACCGAGCGAAGACCACGCCCGAGUCGCCCUUUCGAAGAAGCCUCGCCCACAGAUUGCAUUCGAGCAUCUCAAGCUCAAGCCGCUUAGACAACAACUCGCCUACACCUUCCCCUACGAUGCCGAGAGCAGAUUCCCAGCGUACAUCUGGCAGACGUGGAAAUACCAGCCGUCGUCGGGCGAGUUUCAGGAGGAGUGGAGGCCAGCAGAGGCAUCUUGGACAGAGUUGCAUCCGAGCUUCGUGCAUGAAGUUAUUACGGACUCUGUAGCGGUGCACCUGGUCAGACACUUCUACGCAAGCAUACCAGAAGUGCAAGAGGCCUACAACGCCCUACCUGCUGCCGUUCUGAAGGCAGACUUCUUCCGCUACCUCAUCCUGCUGGCAAGAGGUGGCAUCUACACAGAUAUCGAUACGACCGCGCUGAAGUCUGCAGUGGAGUGGGUGCCAGCAGACGUGCCACGGAGUAGCUACGGACUAGUGGUGGGCAUUGAGGCCGAUCCAGAUCGACCGGACUGGCACGACUGGUACUCGCGAAGGAUCCAGUUCUGUCAGUGGACCAUCCAAGCCAAGCCUGGACACCCUGUACUGGUUGACAUUGUCGCGACCAUCACCGAGGAGACUCUCCGCAGGAAGAAGGCAGGCGAGCUUGACUCGAAACACAUGAAGGCUGUCAUGAAGAACGUGGUGGAGCUUACCGGUCCAGCCUUGUGGACGGAUACCAUCUUCAAGUUCUUCAACAACCCAGACUACUUUGACAUGUCCACGAGCAAGGGCAACAUCACCUGGCAGCAGUUCACGGGCAUCACGCAGGCCAAGAAGGUCGGCGACGUCGUGGUACUACCCAUCACAUCAUUCUCGCCAGGCGUCCAACAAAUGGGCGCUGGCGACAUCGAUGACCCGAUGGCUUUCGUACAUCACACUUUCGAGGGUACCUGGAAACCUGAAUUCGAAAGGCACAUCGGCGAACAGAAAGAUUAG